UUCAUUUCAUUGUAUUUCUUUCAUUUUGAUAAAAAUGUCGAAUAGUUUUUAUGUUUGUUUAUUGAGUAAUGUUUCAGAUUAUCCACAAAAUCAGCCGAAUAAAUUUCGUGUUCACUUACCCAAACCCCUUUAUUUUACUGGUGACUGGGUUUGUGGUGUCCAUAGUAUAAGCUAUCCAUAUUCCUGGCCUUCUACUAUUGGGACUCUUGACGAUCAAUGGAUAGAUAUAAAUUUUACAGAUAAUAAUAAAAUGGGGCAAGUCAUAAGAAUUCCUGUUCCAAAAGGCUCCCACAAUACACCAGAGGAGCUUCUUCAGUUUUUGAUUGCUACUUUAGAACACCAAGGUGCAGCUUUAAAAACUUCGCCUCUUGAAAAAUCAGAUGGGUUAGUGAAGAAACCAAGCAUACUAACAAGAGAUAAACGUGAGAUUGACCCUAAAACUCCUCCUAGAAUUGAAAAAGAUAUAGAAUUACCUGUAACUCCGCCAUUAACUAGCCCAACGACUGAGACAAUAGAGGAAUCUAUAUAUCCGGUAACACCUCCUUUAUCAAGUCCAAUAUCAGAUAACGAGACACGCCAAUUAAUAUCGAAUACGCCUUCUAAUAUUAAUCAAGAACAAACACCUCCUAAAAAGGACCCAGAGAUAAUAAUCAAACCCGAUCUCAUAAAAUCUUUAACACCUCCAAGAGUCGAAUCCCAAACAAACCAAACGGAAAAUAAAAUACAAACAAUAAUUAGCCCGCCUCCCAGUGAGUCAACAUCUUUGAGACUAGAAGAUAGAUCAAUACCUGUAAUAAAUUCAACUUUAUCUCCGUCUCCUCCUCGUGCCCCAAAGAUAGAUCCUGUUAAUCCAAAUCAAACUUACAAAACAAUUUCAUCUCCAAAAAAACAACCUGAGCCUCAAAAGACAAUAACACCUCCAAGAGUUAAUCAAGACAAAGAAAAAUCAUAUACAAUAAUACCUUUACCAAACCUGUAA